UUGCAUAUCAUAUGAGCAUGCCUAAAGUGAUUCACUCAAUCUCCAUAAAGAGUAUAUAGAAAAAAGUACCUCAUUAUCCACAUAAAAAUCCAUACUUUGACCCAACCCAAGAAAGGGUUUAAGGUAAAUAAAAACCCUAUUUUUUGUUUCAUCAACUUCUUCUUCUUCUUCUUCCUUCUCCUCUUUGCUAAAAUCAGUUAACAAUGAGGUUUGGAUUCGCAAUCUCUCAUUGCCCAAUCCCACCUUCCUUCCGCCGCUCUUUCUUAACCUAUCGCUAUCUUUCUUCUCAAUCCCAAUUUACUUCAAGCCUCGAUCUUCAAGACCCAUCUUCCCCUGAAACCAAAGUUGAAAACUUUACUCAACCCACUUCGCAAUUACCGGAUUUGACACAACCCCAUGUGAUAAACAAUCUCCUAAACCACAGAAAAGACCCUUACUCAGCUUUAAGGUACUUCAAAUGGGUAGAAGGAAUGAGAGGCUUUGCUAAAGGGAUUGAUUCCUUUUGUGUUUUGCUUCACAUUUUGACAGGUUUUUCUGAGACUCAUGGACAAGUUAGGAGCUUGCUUAACCAGUUUGUUUCAGGUGAUUCAAGUCCAUCUCCAUCUGUGUUUGUUGAUCACUUGGUUGAGUGUGGUUCAAGGUUUGAUUUUGAAUUGGAUUUUAGGGUUUUCAAUUACUUGUUGAAUAGUUAUGUUAGAGCUAAUAGGAUAAGAGAUGCUAUAAUUUGUUUUGAUAAGAUGUUAGAGCAUGAGAUAGUUCCUUGGAUUCCUUUUAUGAAUAUUCUUUUGACUGUAUUGGUUAGAAGAAACAUGUUGAUUGAAGCUAGAGAAUUGCAUAAUAAGAUGGUUUUGAAAGGAGUUUAUGGUGAUUGUGUAACUGUACAUGUCAUGAUGAGGUCUUGUUUGAAGGAAGAGAGGUUAGAGGAAGCCGAAAACUAUUUUAGUGAGGCGAAUGAUAGAGGUAUCGAACUUGAUGCUGCGGCUUAUAGUAUUUUGAUUCAAGCUGUUUGUAAGAAACCCGAUUCUAGGAUGGCUUGUGAGUUGUUAAAGAAAAUGAGAGAAUUGGGUUGGAUUCCCUCUGAGGGUAUAUUUACUUGUGUUAUUGGAGCUUGUGUGAAGCAGGGUAAUGUGGUUGAAGCAUUGAAGAUUAAGGAUGAAAUGAUUAGGUGUGGAAAGCCUUUGAAUUUGGUUGUUGCUACAAGUUUGAUCAAAGGGUAUUGUGUGCAAGGGAAUUUGGAUAGUGCUUUGGAUUUGUUCGAUAAUCUCAACGAGCAUGGCUUGAGUCCGAACAAGGUUACUUAUGCAAUCAUGAUAGAGUGGUGUUCCAAGAGUGGAAAGAUUGAGAAGGCUUAUGAGCUUUACAACCAAAUGAAACACAUAGGUAUCGAACCAAAUGUCUACGUAGUGAAUUCUUUGUUACGCGGGGUAUUGGAAUUCGGUUCGUAUGAAGAUGCUUUGAAGUUGUUUGAUGAGGCUGUUGAGUGUGGUGUUGCUAACAUGUUCACAUGGAAUAACCUUUUGUGUUGGCUUUGUAAUAAAGGCAAAGUUAAUGAAGCUUGUGGAAUAUGGGAUAGUAUGAGUAGUAAGGGAAUGGUACCUAAUGUAGUAUCUUAUAACAUCAUGAUACUUGGCCAUUGCAGAAGAGGGGCAAUGGAUGUGGCACAUAACUUGUUUAAGGAGAUGCUUGAAAAGAAUUUAAAGCCAAAUGUGAUCACUUAUUCCGUCUUGAUUGAUGGGUAUUUUAAUAAAGGUGAUGCCGAACAAGCUUUUGAUCUUUUCGAUCAAAUGAAAGCAAGUAAUAUAACCCCCACAGAUUUCACAUACAACACUAUCAUUAAUGGCUUGUGCAAAGCUGGUAGAACAUCUGAAGCAAAAGACAUGUUGAAGAAAUAUAUUGAGAUGGGAUUUGUUCCUAUUUCCAUGACAUAUAAUAGCAUUAUAGACGGGUUUAUCAAGGAGGGCGAUGCUAAUUCUGCAAUUGCAGCUUAUGAAGAAAUGUCUGAAAACGGGGUUUCUCCGAAUGUAGUCACUUACACUAGCUUGAUGAAUGGUUAUUUCAAGAGCAACAAUAUUGAUCUUGCUCUGAAAAGUAGGAAUGAGAUGAUUAGUAAGGGCAUUGAGUUAGAUAUUGCUGCAUAUGGUGCUCUAAUUGAUGGAUUUAGCAAAGGACAAGACAUGGUAACUGCUUCUGAACUAUUCUCUGAACUUCUUGAGACUGGUCUAUCUCCAAGGACAAGAUGAUACCAAAUCGAUCCAAGUCAUAACGAGCAGCACCAGUAUGCAUCAUCUCGACUGCACAACAAGCUAACCCAAAUGUCAUGGGCCAAAUAGAGCCACGCCGAGCCCAAUUCAUCAAAUCAUCCACC